UUAAUGUUUGGGCCUUUAUUAGACUGAUCCUGGUAGAGACGGUCAGGAUAUUUACUUCCUGAAACACGUGUGGACGCCUCAACACACCUUCUACACCUCAGCUGAUGGAGAAAAACACUCUUUAACACACGUUAGAACCUAAAGUCAAAGUUUUUACAGAUAUCAGUUUAGAAGAACUUUUUAUUGAGUGUUAAUGUUAAGCAUUCCUGACACAAAACAUCACCAGAGUCAAAGUCUGCCCUGGGAUUUGUAGUUCUCAGACUUUGGUUUGGUUUCAGAUGAAGAUCGUCUGUCCAGGAAGAUAAGUAUCUCAGACACCGUCUCUCUCCAGACAGCCAUAGACCAUGAGUCCAGUUCUGAUCCUCAGGUUUGGUUCUGUGUGUCUAAGUUUAACCGUUCAUCUCCACAUUUACUGAUGUUUCACUUUGUGCUCUGCAGAAACCUCAGACUGAUCAUCUUUGAGACGCUGGAGAACACCAUUGAGGAUAGAGGACCUGUGGAGGAGGAGGAAAGGAGGAAGAGGAUGCAGGUGGUGGAGAGGUUUCAGACGGCUCCUUCUGAGGAAAUAGCAGCUCUCUGUGGAUCCAGGGGAGCUGAGGUGAACCUGACCUCUGACCUCCGACCUGAAACACGGUGGGACAGGAAACAGACUGCUCAACACAGAAAGACCAUUUAAAAGCAACCGGUGUGUUCUGGCUGAGGAUCACUGGGAGGUUCUGUUUGAGCUGAGGCUCAGAUGACGUGCUUGA